AUGGUCAAUCAUUUUAACGAUUUUGCCAAUUUGUGCUUUGAAAGAUUUGGCAACAGGGUCAAAUAUUGGAUUACGUUCAGCAAUCCAUGGUCUGUAGCAGUGGAAGGCUACGAAACAGGGGAACACGCUCCUGGACUGAGGACAAGAGGAACUGGAGCAUACAGGGCUGCCCACCACAUUAUCAAGGCUCAUGCUAAAGUUUGGCACACAUAUGACACACAAUGGAGGCCUAAACAAAACGGUCUUGUAGGCAUCUCCCUGACAGCAGAUUGGGGAGAGCCUGUAGACAUUAGCAACCAGAAGGACAUUGAAGCAGCUGAGCGAUAUGUCCAGUUCUCCCUCGGCUGGUUUGCGACACCAGUCUUUCACGGAGACUACCCUCAAGUGAUGAAAGACUUCAUUGGCAAGAAAAGUGCCCAGCAGGGUCUCGGGGUGUCACGCCUGCCCACAUUUUCCCCCCAGGAGAAGAGCUACAUCAAGGGUACUUCUGACUUCCUGGGCAUCAGUCACUUCACUACACGCUAUAUCACUCAGAAAAACAACCCAUCCGGCCGAGGCACCAGCAGCUUCUUUAUGGAUCGCGACUUGGCCGAGCUGGUUGACCCCCAGUGGCCUGACCCCGGCUCCGAGUGGCUCUACUCCGUGCCGUGGGGCUUCAGACGCAUGCUCAAUUUUGUUAAGACUCAGUAUGGAAACCCAAUGAUUUAUGUUACUGAGAAUGGAGUCUCUGAGAAGAUGCAGUGCACAGAGCUUUGUGAUGAGUGGAGGAUACAGUACUAUAGAGACUACAUCAACGAGAUGCUAAAAGAUCCACUGACCAGUCACAUGGAGAUGGUAACGGAGAUUGUUGUUCCAACUGUGUGCACACUCUCCAUUUUGCUGAGUGCAAUCUUCCUCAUGUUCCUGCUACAGAGGCGGAACUAA